UGCUCUUGUGCGACCAUGUCAGCGGAGAGCUCGAUACCAGAAACGCGCGUGCUCGCCAUCGCUAGCCAUGUUGUCCAUGGCUAUGUCGGCAACACGAUGGCGACGUUCAUCCUGCAAGCGCUCGGGUGCGAAGCUUCAGCGAUAAACACGGUGCACUACAGCAACCACACGGCAUACAAGCAGGUCAAGGGGCGCAAGACGCCAGCGGAGGAGAUCAUGGAGCUGUACGAGGGCCUGAAACAGUCGUUCCUGAACGACUUCGACGUGCUGCUGUCAGGCUACAUGCCCAGCGCAGAGGCAGUGCAGGCGGUCGGCAAGAUCGGGCGCGACCUGCGGCUCAAUGCGGCGGGCAAGCCGGGCUCGUUCUUCUGGGUGCUGGACCCGGUCAUGGGCGAUCAGGGCCGCUGCUAUGUUCCUGAAGACGAGAUCCCGCAGUACAAGGCGCUGCUGCGCGAGGCGGACCUGAUCCUGCCAAACCAGUUCGAGGCCGAACUCCUCUCCGACACGAAGAUAACCUCGCUCACCACCCUGGCCACCGCAAUGCAAGCCCUGCACCGCACGUACCAGAUCCCGCACAUCAUAAUAACGAGUCUGCGCAUGAGCGCCUCGGGCACCAUCUCCCCGAGCACAACGACGAACCCCACGCACCUGACCAUCAUCGGCAGCACGGCGCGGCGAGACCUGUCACCACGGCUGUUCCGGCUCGACAUCCCCGCGUACCCGCUCUUCUUCUCGGGCACAGGCGACAUGUUCGCGGCGCUAACGGUGCCGCGGCUGCGCGAAGCCGCCGCCUCAGCCGGCCUGCUCGGCACGCCCGCCUGGCGCAGCCCCGACGACGUCCCAGCCGCGGACCUGCCGCUCGCCCGCGCCGUCGAGCGCGUCCUCGAGAGCAUGCAGGCGGUGCUGGGCGCGACGGCGGCGUAUGCGGCCCGCGCGGUCGAGGUACUGGAGGCGGCGGAGGGGCGGGCGGGGCUGGGCGGCGGCGCGGACGACGACGAUGAUAGCGCUGCGAGGAGGCGCCAUUUGGCGCUCAUGAAGGCCAGUGAGGUCCGCGUGGUCCAGAAUGCCCGUCACUUGCUUCUGGGGCCCGAGAGGGAGGGCGAGCCGCCCCGCGUCAAGUUUCGCGCGGAGGAGGUCCGCGUGGAGGGGUUUGAUGGUAGGGCGGGGGAGCCGAAGCCUGAUGAGUUGGGGGUUGUGAACUUGGGGGUUGGUGCUCGGAAGGGGGAGGGCGAGGGCGCGGUGCUGGUUGGGAGGCCGGGGAGUUGAUGGGGAGUGCGUUGUAGAUGCGUAGAUGGGUGAGAUGGGAUUGGGGGUUUAGAGGGUUAGGUAGUGCCUGUAUAGGGGGCUUGCAUUUGGGUGGUUUCUUGAAGGGUUGGUUUCAGCUAGCAUCAGCGCGCAUAGCCGUGUAGACAUACAGUCGAGACUGGAGUCCUCAUCAUUUUACACUAUCGUGC